UGUUUCAUCGUGUACAAACGAGCAGAGGAGUCGCGUCUCUGACCGGCUUCAGUCGAUCUGCAACCACCUUCGACAAAGGGGACUCGCGUUUCAACAGCCGGCCUUAUCGAUUUCUCGAGGGUUGCAGAAGCCGCGGCACCGAAGCAUGGACAUAUUCCGCGAAUUCCCCAUCAUUUUUAAUCUGUACAAGAAAUAUAAUUAGACGAGUCGAGGGACGAGAGACCGGUGUUACAGAGGAGCGGCUUGCAUGGACAGUGACGACGCUCGACGAGCUUCUAUCUCAGUUAUCACCCAGGACUCUAUCAGAGGAAAACAACUAUUGUGUAAAUAACAAUCAAAACGUCAGAUAAUUGAAAGAAAAAUAUCCGGGCAAUUAUUUACGAUCAUUGCGAUAAACAAAAUGACCAAAGUGUCGGGAAUAAUGGAAAAGGAAGACGUCGUUGACAAACAGACUCUGGUACGACGUAUGUCCAACAUGCUGAGAGAUGGAAGUAACAGCGAGCCGCCAAUGCUGUUUCGUCACACCUCGAUGGAGAAGAUCCGUCAUUGCUGCCAAAACCUCAAUCUCUUCCCGUAUCUGCUCUACUCUUUUGAAAACUCAAAGUCGCACCCAGUCGCUCGUAAGCUGCACUAUUACCUCGGCCAGUUCCUCCAGCUGAUCACCGCAAGAAUCUUCUUCCUGUACAAAAGCUUUCGACAAUCGCUGUUGUGCGACAUUCGUGCGAAAGAACUUCAAACGGUAGAGCCACCGAAGAUCACGGAAUCUGUCAGUAAAUUUCCACCGAGAUUUCGAACGAUCAGGCAAGAUCAGAAACCCAAGCAGAGCAGACGCCUGUUCUUGACACUGGCCGUAUACUUUGCUCCGUUGUUGCUGCUUUUCCAACUGAUUGGACUGUUCAGCGUGAUGAUGUUUGGAAAAUACACGCCCGGCUUCAUCUUCCUCAUAUCCGCCUUGUUGUUCCUCGGAUGCAUCUCGCUCAAGAUCCUCUUCCACGAGACUGCCAAGGAGAGGCGCAGAUGCGCGAAGAUCACAAUUGACGAAUGAUCAUCUUCCGCCAGUUGUUACCUAUCUCAGCCACCACUCAACCAUCAGACUGUUCAUCGGAUAAAUGAACUUGGCCUCCUUCACAGUUGUCCAUUGUCGCAUUUGAUUACUUAAACGACGCGAUAGAUCAGAUAGAGCUUACAUAUUCCGUAUAUCACGCGAUACUAGCAUUGUUCACGCUCAUUCAUAAUCUCUUUCAUAUCCACGUUCUACGUCUCUGAUAAUGCACCCAUGUAUAUAUGUAUGUUAAUCGUUCUUUCUUAUCAUCAAUGGUUCCGUUAGUUGCUACGUUAGGAUCGAUAGAAUCAAUUGAAUCAUAUGUUCUAUGAUACUUCUUUUUUUUUUUUUUGU